CCAAACUCAAAUCUUCAAUAUCUUGACAGAGAACAGCUGGGGCUGAAGAGUAGCGUAGAUCAAGUUUAAAAGGUUUUAAAACAGAAUUCUUCCCGCGGAUAUAUCAUUUGCGCAUACAAGAAUCCCCUCGGCAAUGAAGCUCCACUUUCUCGUCACUACCGCCGCAGCUCUGCUCGUUGCUUUUCCACCACGUAUGAACGAGUGCCGAGCAGUGGACGGUCCUGACCAGCGAGCCUCCCUCUCCGCCAACGCGCUCGAAGAGGAGGAAGACCAGAGGCGCACACGGCCCAUUUGGGCACGGCUGGGAGAGGAAUACUUCAUCCGGGUGGGCAACGGGAAUAAGCGCGAGCGUGAGUUCGAGCCUGAGACGCGCCCCGAACCGGCGUCUGCGGUGUUCAAACGCGCUCUGCAGCUAAGGCUCACACAGCAUCUGCUCCGCGAAGAGGACGAGGUCGCCGAGGCGGCCCGCGGGCUGCGCGACGCCCCCGCAGAGAGACCACGCCGCGCCGAGGAGCCGCCCAUCUCCCUGGACCUGACCUUCCACCUGCUGCGGGAGGUGCUAGAGAUGGCAAAGGCCGAGCAACUCGCGCAGCAGGCGCACAGCAACCGGAAAAUGAUGGAGAUUUUCGGCAAGUAGCCUUAGAUCUGACAAAGAGGAUUUUUUUUUUUUUUACAUUUAGCACAAACCAUAACAUCCUGUACCACAGUGCUGC